AUGGUGCGGAGAUUUUCGUGGUGCACGGUGGUGGCAUUGGUGGUGCUGCUCUUCGUCACAACCGAAGGUCUUCGUGAGCGUAGCACUCAGGUCGACGAUCAUAAAACGCACAGUGUUAGGGAUCGUGGUACUCUGAGGUUCAACACUAAAUCGCCCGAAGAAGCGACCAGCACCUCGCCAUUCUCAAGAUUGAAAUCGUCACGGGACAAGACCACGCAACCAAACAGUGAAAAGCAGAAUGAAGGAACGAAUCCGUUAACAAGUCCCGAAACGAAAUUCGAGUCUAGUAAACGUUCGAAUUUCAGAACAACAAAGACAACCGAACGGAACGUUUCCGCAGCGACCGAAAUCACAAACAACUCGAGAAGAAGUGCAUCAGGGAGGAACAUUGACGAAAUCAAAAAGGGAGAGCCGACAAUUAACAGACGGAACGGAAAAAGGUAUUCGUCAGAAAUUAUCGAAGCAUCGAAAUCAAAAGAGGAUCGAAAUGUCUCAUUGGGUCCUUCAACCGAAGCGUCCAGAAAAACGUUCGCCAGGAGACUCAGCGAUUCGGAUGUCACAGAAAGACUGGACAGCAAUGGACCGUCUGUGUUCACUGUCACCACAGAAUCUUCGAGAUCACGAACUGGAAGGAAGAUUCAAACGACAUACGCACCGAGGGAUUUCAAAGGGCAGGUACCUACUGCUAAAAGGUACAACAAUAGAAGGCCCGAAGGAACUGAGACGACCACAGUUUCGUUGAAGAGGGCCGAAGGAAGACGAUCAACGACAGAAAGGAUCGAAAGACGUACCAGAUCGGGUCGUUCGAAGAGUCAAGAUACUCUUCUGUCAGAAUCUGAGAGCGUCAGAGUUGAUGUUCCUUUAACUGUCGAGAGUACAGAAAGUCCAAUUGAGAAAGAUGUCACUACACCAUUAAGUGCAUCCACUCAGACCGAUUCAGUGACAGAGGUCACCAAAAGAUCAGAUACAAAGGAAUCAUCCAGAACUAAUUCAAGGGGAGGAUCCGAGAGAUCGAAGAAUCGUGGACGUUCCAACGAUCCUGACGCUGUUAAUUCAGGUUCUAGAAGUUCGCGAAGAGGAUCUUCCAAAUUCAACGAUCACGCGACCACUGACGGCAGCGAGCAGAUUGUCAGCCCGAGGAGGAACACUGUACCUCCUAGGGAACGCUCGAGAGGUUCGGAGGGUAAAAAGAGCCCCGGGAAUGAAUCGAGAUCUAGAUCAAGGAGUAGAAGUUUCGAGAAUGGUACAAAAUUGACGACAACUUUGGAACGAGAUGGAAAACGGAAAUCGACUGGGGACAGAAGCCCUUCGGAUAGGAGAUAUAGGGUGUCUGAGGGUACUGCUAGAUCUGUUGAAAGUCGUGGACAGGAUUUGGAUGCGCGCAGAGCUAGAAGUAGAUUGAGAUUGGACACCACUACGCUGAUUGCUAUAGACGUCACGACUACUGCUACACCAGAUACGACAGCGUCCACCGAGGUCUUAACAACUUCCACUGAAUCCGAAGUCACGAGUACCUUAAAACCUGCAACAUUAACCACCGUGACUUCAAGAACGUUAACAACAACGACAAGGCCGUCAUCGACUACGACUUCUGAAGGUGGUGGACGAAAUAGGGGAAGGGGUAGAGGUGGUAAUCAAGCACGAGUGCAGCCGAAAGAGGAUUUCUUCAAUCAUGGUCUAGGAUUUCGAGGUCGGAAGCCCUCAACCGAGGGACCAUCGAGUUCCGGGGACACGGGGAAACCUGCCGUUGCCAAAAACGACACGCAUUCACAUGGAAAUCCGGGCUGGACCCUUCGAAGGCGACCUGGUCAUGCGAACCUAUCCGAGAUGCUUCCUAAAACGGUACUACCAUCGCCGAGGGAUCAAACGAACGAAGUGAUACCGCCAAAUGAACUGUCGACGAGCACUGAAAUCAUAACGACAGUGGAAAGUUCGACGAGAAGAGGCUUCAAGAAGCAACAGACAAGUACGGAGGAAAGUAUUACAGUAGCCGAUGCGACAACGAAGAGCUCCAGAAGGGGUAAUAACAAGGGCUUUGGGCUUGGCAAGACGUCUUCUGACACCGAGGAGAGCGAUAAUUAUCCGCCUGAGUUUAAAGCGAGAUUGACUCAGUUGAAGACUACGAACACCAAAACACCAGGCCCGAAAGCUACGUCUAAAACACCAUUGGAGGAUCAACAGACGAAAGUGUUCGGUCGCCGUACGAGGACCAACUCGAAGGCGUUUGAGCCUGACGACCUCGAUACCUCGGCCUCAGGGAAUCUCUUUCUCACGGAUCAUAGUUUGAUCGUCAAUCCCUUAACGUUGAUAAGUACCACAGGAUUGCGACGCGUGAAAAGAUCCUCGGCGGCACUGUUCGCGGAACGUUCGCGGAUGAAGCUGGAUCUGGCUAGGAGGUUAGUGAAGCCAGAGUUGAACAUCGAGGAGAAUGAUCUCGACGCAACCACGGCCUCCUCCUCUUUCAGCAAACCGAAAACGGCCGACGAGUCCGGCAAGGUCGGCAAGUUCACCAAACCCGCCACGACUGAUCGUAGGGGUUCGAGGGAAAGCUCUCGGGAGGACGUGAAAGUCUUGAAGCUUUCCAGAUUGAGAAAAGUACCGGAGGAUCCGUCGAGGGUCACCAUCAGACCCUCUACCUCGAAGAAAGGACGAAUCAUAUCGGAGAGAAUGGUAACUUCAAUCUCGGUCGAGGAGAGAGUAGAGAAAACGACGAAACCCUACGAGAUCUCGAAUCCCCCUGUUGUCACCAUGUCCGCGGAGGAGGCAUCGGCGACAACCCUAGACACUACCAGGAUCCGUCUAUCCGGUCGUGGUAGCAAGGAGCCCAAGGAAGAGAACUCGACGACGAAUAAAACCGCGAAACUUUCGAACCACGAGAAUAAUGACUCCAUUAUCAGCUUCAAACCUAAGAAAGGUUACGUGCACCAAUCUAGAAAUAGGAAAACCCAGGACCAGUCCACAUCUGAAGAAACUUCCGUAACGAUUGCAUCGAACAAGUACUCGACACAGACGAUUCAGCAGAUCUCGAGGCAAAGGAGUUCGGACGAAUCGAAGGAAGAGGUUAUGAAGAAGAAGUCAAAACUGAUCGACAGUGCAACGAAACCCACGUUCAGACCCCGUUACAGGAAGAGAACAAAGGAUAAGUCUGUAGAUGACGGGCAAGAGUACAAGACAAUAGGUACCACGAAGCUACCUGUAGCUACCAGUAGGUACUCCAGGAAGAAAGCCAAUGUGAAGCCUAUAGACAGCAAAGUCAAGGUCACCAGUACAGAGGAACCACUGCCGCAGACAAAGAAGAUUGAAUUCCGACCUAGAACCGCGACCUAUAGAAGGCACUCGGAGGUUCCUACGACUAUUGUCGAGACCACUACGAAAGUCGAAGGCUCUGGAGUCGCCAUCACUCCACGUUCACCGAAGUAUCACGCUACUUUGAAGACCUCUACGCCGUCCACUCCGUCGGUACUGCAGGAACCACAGGUCAAUCUGAAGAUCGCGAACGACACGGUGCAACAGACUGAUGGCAUUACCGGCAGCAGUAACGGCGACAGCGGUAACACGAAUGUUUUCAAUCCGACCAGAAGCGCGUUUCUUACAAGUGGAAACAGCACGCUCUUGGAGCAACUGAGGAGCACCGUGGCACCGUUGCUCAGCUCCCUUGGUAACAAGACCCCAGUGUUCUCCGGCGCCUACAGCAACGUUAACAACGCGAAUACAGGACAAAGAAUCACACCGAGUGGAUCGCCGCCACGAUUCAGUGCGAGGUACAAGGGCGCCGAAUUGUUUGUCAGGAAGCAGAAUAAUAUUUACCAGCCCACUGUGCCAUCGAUCACCAGUUCGUCCACCACACCAGUUACACCCGUAGAGAACUCCGGCUCGGCACCGUCGGUCGAUGUCUUGAGUCCUGGCGAGCCAAGAUUCUUAACCCUCUAUCAGGCAUUGGAGACUGCUAGCGUCAAGAACGAACAGUUACAGGGAAACACGAAUGAACAGCGACAAGAGCAAGUUGACGGGUUGCCCCAGGUAGAAUCUAGAGCCAGUGUCGCUAACGAGACCGGCAAUAAUCCUAACAAUGACACCACAAGCCCCACCGUAUCGACCACCACCACAGGCCCACAGACCCCAGACACAGCCACUACCCAGGAUAGCACAUUCACCCCGAGAUUACCCGAGGAAACGGUGAACACCACCCCCGUGGUUACCACAGGAGCCCCUGAAAGCCUUUCGACGACCGAACCGGUCUCCACCGGUACAGAAUCAUCCUCCAGUACCGAACAAGCCACCGCGAGCCCAGCAUCUUCCUCCAAUACCGAUCCGACAAGCACAGAAUCAUCUUCCACCACCGAGCAGGUUUUCACAAGUACCGAAUCGUCCACCACUACUCCCAUAAAUGUUGCCUCUGAUCAAGUCAGGACACAGCCACCUCUAGUAACCACAAAUAUACCAGCUACCGUAACUCCAACGAGUUUCGACGUCUUCGCGAGGAUAGGCGAUGGUUCUAAUUCCCUUGCAGAAACAACCACCGUUCCAGAUAAUCAGAAUCUUGUCAGUUCGACGAUGCCCACUGAUGUUGCUACCAGCACAAAUUCUGCACUUGAGAAUAAUACCAGUGAGCUUUAUGGAAGAGUACCGACCACCAUAAUGACCGAAGCCUCGACAAAUUCUGCAGAGACGACCACCGUUUUGAGCACCAGUCCUGCUACUGCGACAGAGGAUCCAGAGAAUAACACCAUACAAAUGUCCGAUGUGACUUCGACUCAGACAGCCGAGGUUAGCACAAAUGUUCCUACGACGGAGCGAGUGGUGAAUAAUUUAGUCGAUGUGGAGACCACUACGCAAGUAAUAGCCACGUCCACGCUUCGUGGCAGACUGAUAGAUUUCGCACAAGAUAUUCUAUCACGAUUGCAAGCGUCUCUAAGCACAACUACGGUAUCACCUCAAGAUAUCACUACCACGAUACCUCCAGCGACCGAGAUAUCGAACGUGAUAUUGGAUUCAGGUAGCAGGGAAAAUACUUUGGAGGUUCUAGCACAGUUGAAGGGGACUGAAACAACCACUACCUCCCCAGGAGAUUCGGAUACUACUAUCCCGUCACAGGUUAGGAUGGACCAACCGGGUUCAACGACAACCGAAGAAGCCAGCGCAGUAGGUUCAGUUACUACACAGUUACCCACAACUGUCACCGAUCCAUCUAAUGCAAUGGUAUCCACUCAAGAAGCCAACACGCAGAACGAUAUCAAUCCAGUCACAUCCACACCGGUAGCAACAACACAAGACCCCCAAACAACUACCUCGAACGUUUCGAACAACCCAACAAGCUCUCCACCAGACACCGAAGUAAUCACAUCGCGAACGGUUACUACCACCGAUGACACUUUACUAACCGAAUUAAUGUCCAUCGCCAAGACACUUCUUUCGGAGGAGAUAAACGAGACCGAACAAUCGACACCUGCACGAAAUUCAAAUAACACUUCUAGCUCGCCAGACGAUGCACCAGACACAGCCCAAGCUGCAGAAUCAUCGUCCAUUCUCCCAGAUGCUACGACAGAAACGGUAGAGUCAACAUCAACCACUGUCGGCCCGCCAGAAUUAACAACCCUUUCGGUUGACCCCUCCCAAAACGAAGUGGAUUCCGUAGAACCCACCACGACCGGUUCACCCUCGGAAAAUUCCUCAGACACGCCCACCACAACCGUUCAGGAUAACGUGCCCGACAAUGAUGUGGAAAUUGUGCAGACAAAACAAACCACAACGUUAGGACCACUAGCUGAAUACGUAGAGUCCACCACUCCCUCGUUCAUGUCGGAAAAUGGGCCACAAACGACUCUCUCGAGUAGAACUUUGCCCGAUUCCGAAACAGGCCUGGACACAACGACACAAUCUCAGACAACUACACAACGCUCAGACACGACAGUCGCGAGUUUAGAACUAACCACUAACAUAUUCGAUUUGAUAUUGUCUAACUUGCUCACCACGACAGAGACCCAAACACCUUCUGGAGUCACAGAGGUGGUCACCGCGUCUACAGACACUGUAGCACGACUAACCGACACGACCACAGUAACGUCACAACCGGCGAUAGUCACCGCCACUAACCAACCCGAAGUAGCUACAACGGUCACUGUUCCUGAAAGUAUCCUCUCCCGUGUAAAUAUAGCCACCAGUACACCGUCGACAUCCUCCGAACCGAGCACCGAGUUAACCACAGUGGUACCCACCACAGAGCUAAUCUCGAACGUAACAACCGAUGUAAAUGUUGAAACUAACACGACUACGGAAGCUGCGACAGAGUUACCGUCCCUGACCACUGACACGGUCGGUAACGAUACCUCUGAAGCAGCAUUCUCGACAACCACCCCGUCGCUGGAUGUUGUUAAUUCAAUGGAUGUCGCAGAGGUUACUACCAACCAGUCCCCUCUAAUAUCCACCGCAGAGUCUGUAAUGGGUAUUACCACUAAUACACCCGAUGAAACGACAAACACACCCCAAACGACCCCGUACCUUGAAAACGAGACUCCAACUGUUGUUGCCCGUUUCCAGGAUACAUCAGCAACCGCCCAAGGGACGGCAGGUUCAGGAAUUGGCCAAACGACCAAGCUCACACCCACCACCACCCCGUCCGUUCCAUCUCCUCAGUCCUUUACAUCGACUCCUCGAACUUUGAUCACUACCACCACAUCAGCUACGGCCGAGACCACGACGAGAACGACACCGACGACCACGACAGAGACACCGACAUCGACGAUUGGACAGCCUGAUAGAACGACAAUGUCAGCCGGAAUGGAACCCGUCACUGUCACGCCAAUGCUCGAGACCACGGCGACUACCGAGGACAUUAACGAGAAUCUCGUCUCCACUGAGGCGCCCGCAACAACAACAGUCUCUCCUGAUACUGCGACGUCGAGGAUAAAUUCUGGGGUCGUCAUGAACGUGACAAUGAAUGCAAGUGGUCCCAGUGAAACGACAACUGGAGUACCUCAAACGACACCUGGAAUGUCGAUGCCAAAUAGUCCUACGAAUCCUCCGACUAUGCCGUAUUUAGGUCGAUUUGGCGGUAGCAGAUUGACACCUGCCCCACGUUUCAGCCUCAGUUCGACCACCAGAGCUCCUUUACGUGAUUACUUGAUCUACGGGAUCUAUCCGAACAAAACGAUCGUUAGGAAACGACCAGAGGACAACCUGAUCGACGCAAGGAACGUGGACAGCCCGUACGUGAUAUUCGGUAUCUUCCCGGAUGGCAGGCUGGUCCGGAAAUUCCCGAACGGGACGAUUAUACCGGAUCCACCUAGGAGCCCGGUCGAGGUUGUGUUCUCACUUAGCACUUCCACUACCACUAACAGGCCACCACCCAGACCGUAUUAUAACCAGGCUAACCAAGGCACUUACAAUCAGUAUCAAGGCCCGGUGUACAGUAAUAAUCUCCCUCAGCCGAUGACAAACGUCGAAAGCCCCGGCAACGUUGAUCUUGGCCUAACUGGUAACGCGAUCGUCGGCCCUAAUGGAGGUGGACCCGAUUUCACGGGACCACUUGGUACCCCUGCUAGCGUCCCAAGCAUCAACGAAAUGAGCGAUGCCCCAUUGAAUACGCAAAUGGGGACAACGUCGAGCGCAAUGUCUCCGAGUCCCGGUCGGCUGACGCCGAUAGUAAGUACCGGUCGACCGCCGACCGAUUCGCAGGGCGGUCGUAUCGUCCAAGAUCGAGAGAGGGACGAGGCCACCAGGACGAAAGAGGCCGGAGGUCAACGCAGCUCCGUGUACAUCGGACAGGACAAGUUCGUCAACUAUUGGACCGACGGGGCUACCACCACUAAUCCGCGCGUUGUCAGUGUAAAUAUAAAUUCAGUAGCCACUGCUGCAAAUGAAGGUCUAGGGCCCUUCGUGCCAUCAUUUGACAAUCUUUUAAAUAAUCAACCAAACGGAACAGUUACAUCUCCGCCCGGGUUUCCAUGGAGGGAUCCACUCGAUCAAAUUUUUGGUAUCACGACUCCCUCGCCGGUGAUAACGGCUUCGGUCGCAUCAAACACGCUGGACGAUUCAGUAGAGUCGAACGGUUCACUCCUUCCACGUCCGCUGAAUCCAUUUGUCGAGGUGUUCACCCCAUUUUCUAGCGCGAUCGGUAGAGCCAAUUUAGUGUCUUCUACUCAGGCACCAUCUAGCGCGCCAACAACUAUAUCGAUGUCAACUAGAACUGCUGUCACAGCGACAACAGCUGUACCUACAACUACUACUACCACUACAACAACGGCGCCAACCACAACAACCACUACAACCACAACUACUAUGGCUCCAACAACCACAACUACUAUGGCUCCAACAACCAUAACUACUAUGGGUCCAACAACAACAAGAGCACCGCCCACCACUACUUCGCGACCCAUAACCACUCCAUCUCUGGCAAAUAUCGUGUCUCGCACAACAGCGACGGCUACCCCUGCGGUCACAGCUAAUCCCACUUUUGCAACGACUCCAUCCAAUGUACCCAACAACUUGUUGCCGAAUAUACAACAGCAAAAUCCGUUUGGUACAUCGUUCGAUGAUUUGGCCUUCUUAAAUUCGUUGUUACAGACUAACUCCAGAAGUACCACCCCGAAAACUCUUACGCAAGUCGAGCAACUUUUAGCAAACAAGAUUCUGUCGCUGGCCCUGAACAAUCCAGGUCCGACUCGAGCUCCAAAAGCAAUUAACCUCCAAAAUGCGUCUCCGAACUCGAUAGUUCCAUCCUCAACAAAAUCUCCUUCAGGUCCAAUAGUCAUCGACCUAUCCCCGUCAUCGACUAUACCAACGCCAACGUGGACACCAUCAACAUCACCGCAACAGCAACUGACUGAGAAGCCAACGACUAUUAAUUCGUUGCUCGAUCAAGCAACGUGGAGACCGAUUUCGACCACUACUGCGAAAAAAGACUUAGGACUUAGUGCAUCGACUACGGCUAAAUCGACUCUGAUAAGCACAACGAAGGCUCCAGUAGUUAUCACAGCCAAAACACCGACUACUCAGCGACCAAGGACCACCACUCAAGCACCAUUGGGUCUUGGAGCAACUUUGUGGCAAGCUUUGUUCGGUGGUGGAUUAUUUGCACCUCAGUCCACUUCUAAACCUACGAAGCCGAAACAAGUGAAGACCACACCGAAAUCCGUCAACAUUACUCCGAAGCCGGUCCCAACAACGCAAAAGCCAGAGACCAUUGAGGCGAUUCCCUUCACUACAUUACGUAGUGUGGAUAUCUCGAAGAUCCAAGUGAGUACGCCGUAUUCUAGCGUGCAGGAUGCGAAAUCUGUGACCACGCCUAGCUCAGUAUCCACGACCAAGUUGUCGUUGCUGAACAAUCCGAACCCGAGGCUGCCCAAUGUCGACAUGUCGACGUUCUCUCCCGAAGAUGACGCUAAGUUCUUGGUUGCACUGCUGAACGCUGUUCAAAAGGACAAUAAAGCCAGCGCCCCGAAAAAAUCGUCCAGUUUGAAGCCAGAUGACGAAUCGUUUUUAAGAGCGAUAUUAAGCGGACGUGCCCUUACGACAACUCCUGCGCCGUCGAAUGAAAUCAGUAACGCUGCCUUAUUGGCGGCAUUGUUAAAGGCCCAAGGUAUAGAACCACCGACUCCUGCUACCAACAUUAGAGAGCAACUAUUGUUAGCUAGCCUCGGUCUGAGCGUCACCUCUGCUCCGACCGGGUCCCCUGCUACCGAGUCCACGACAAUCACGACAGGGCCAGCGUCGUCGACUGGGACUCCCCGACCCGUGGACACCACGAAAAAGUCGGCGACACCGAGACCGACCUCAAGACCAAGGAUACGCACAACAACGUGGUCGCCGAGCUCGACGUAUCCACCUCCCCUCUUCAGUUCCUUCGCCAAUUACGGUACUCCGGCACAGUCAGCCGAAGGUGGCGAUAAUUCUGGAAGCGGCGCGUUAUUCGGCGCUACCAGAGCGUUCAGUCAGUUUCUCGGCGCCGCGAUAAGCGGGGCGGCGCAACAGUUGCAGUCCUUAGUCAGAAAUGGAACCAGAAUCGUGUCCGAAGUGGUGGGAUAA